AUGGCUCAUGUGCCCUCGCCGUCAUCCGUGAGGUCUGUGGGCUGGGAGGAGGAGAAGGGUCGGCGUGAUGAAAUGGAGGACGGCUGGGUCUUCGUGGAUCAUUUCGAUGAAAGCCCCAGCAGCUGCUUCUGGGGCGUCUACGACGGCCACGGCGGGCGCAGUUGCAUGGAGUAUGUCAUGGAAAACUUGCAUGUGAAUCUACUGGCGGAGCUCGAGCAGGACGUGGCCAACGUGCCCGAUUGCAUGAUGCGGGCCUUCGAGGUCACGGACUCCGACAUGCAGACCGCAGGCCUGACGAGCUCCGGCUGCACAGCUUGCUGCUGCCUUCUGCGACAGGAGAAGGGUUUUGCGGACCGGGUGCUCUACACGGCCCACAUAGGUGAUGCCCGCGCUGUGCUUUGCCGGAAAGGCUUGGCCGUGCGCCUUACCGGAAGCAGCGACCACAAGGCGACGUAUUCCGAGGAGGCCCGACGUGUGGUCGAGGCUGGCGGAACCAUCUACAACGAGCGCGUGAAUGGAAUGCUGGCGAUUUCAAGGGCAUUCGGCGACUUCCAGCUGAAGGCUCCUGCUUUCCCCAAUGACAUCGUCUCCAAUGUCCCGGAAGUCUCCUCCACGCUGAUUUCGGAUGGAGACAUCUUCGUCAUCACAGCCUGCGACGGGCUUUGGGACGUCAUCGACGACCAGGAUGCUGCAAACCUGGUCAUCGAGGGCAUGCAACAAUUCACGACCUUGAUGAUCGGAGAGCCUGGCCACGAGAAGAGCCUGGGGCAAAUGGCGGCCCGCAUUCUUAUCGAAGAGGCUUUGGCCCGCGGGACCUCCGACAAUGUGACCUGCCUCGUGGUCUUUCCCUAG